AUGGAAGAAGAGCAUACAUAAAAUAAUAGGAUGCCAUGGGUAGAAAAAUAUCGUCCAAAUAAAAUUGAUGAAGUUAGUUAUUAGGAAGAAGUUGUAAAAUCUUUAGAAGGAGUACUUUAAACUGGAAAUCUUCCACACAUAAUUUUUCAUGGACCUCCUGGAACUGGUAAAACUUCAAGUAUUUUAGCCUUUGCAAAAUAAUUAUAUGGACCAAAUUUCUAUAGAGAUCGUAUAUUGGAAUUAAAUGCUUCAGAUGAUAGAGGAAUAUAAGUUGUUCGUGAAAAAAUAAAAAAAUUUGCUUAAUAAGUAGUUGUGAAAAAUCCUGAUAAGUAAUUUUUUUUUUAUUAAAAUUAAAAAUCGUAUUAAUUAUUUUAAAUUAGAAAUUAUAAAUGCCCUAAUUAUAAAAUAAUUAUUUUAGAUGAAGCUGAUUCUAUGACUACUGAGGCUUAAUCGGCUUUGAGAAGAAUUAUAGAAGAUAAUUCAUCUACAACUCGUUUUUGUAUCAUUUGCAAUUAUAUAACUAAAAUUAUUGAACCUUUAGCAUCUAGAUGUGUAAAAUUUAGAUUUAAACCAAUAGUGGAAGAGGCUUAAUUGUGUAAAUUAAAAGAAAUUUGUGAUAAGGAAUAUAUAUAGUAUGAAGAUUAGGCUUUAGAGAAACUUAUUCACAUCUCUAAUGGAGAUUUGAGAAAAAGCGUUAAUUUAAUUUAAUCAGCUAGUACUUUGUUUAAUAAAUCUAUUAAUUUACAGACUGUUUUAGAAAUUUCAGGGAGUAUACCAGAUGAACAUGUAAUUAAUUUAUAUGAAGUAUUAUUAUAGAAAAAUUUAAACGAAUUAAGAAAAUCUGUUUAAUAGUUUAUUUACUAGGGAUUUUCAGCUGAUUAAUUAAUUAAUUAAUUUUCGGAUAUUAUUUUAUAUUCCAAUGAUAUUAAUGAGAUUAAAAAAGCAAGAAUUUUCGAAAAAAUAGCUUAGGCGGAUUAAGGAUUAAAUGAAAGGGCAGAUAGCGAAUUGUAAAUUUUAAAUAUGUUUUCGUGUAUUCUUUCAAUUUUAACUUCUUAAGAUUUUCCAAGAACUUGA